AUGGCUUCUGAAACAAAUGAAGGAAAAUUACAAGCUUGUUGUCUUGUUGAAUAUCGUCCACUACCUGGAACACCAAGUGGAGAAUUAGUCAAAAUCGGUGGGGUUGAUACUUAUCAUAUUUCAGGAAAAGAUCAAACAUCAAAAGGAAAAGUAAUUGUUUUGUUCACCGAUGUAUUCGGUUUGACAAAGAAUCCACGUAUAACUGCUGAUGAAAUAGCAGAAAAAAGUGGUUUUGAUGUGUAUGUUCCCGAUUUAUUCAAUGGUGAACCGCUUCCUUCUUCACUUUUAUCAUUAAUGCCUGACGAAGCAGGAAAAAAAUUAUCUUUUGGUAAUAAGUUAGCUAUGGGUGGAAAAAUGUUAACAACUGCAGGACCAUGGUUGAUUCGUCAUCGUCAAGCUGUUACUCUUCCUAUAGUUGAAACAUUUUUAAAAACUCUUCGAUCGGAGAAAGGAGCAACUAGAAUACAAGCUGUUGGCUACUGUUUCGGUGGUUUGUAUGCAGUUCUUGCUGGUAGUGAGCAAUACCAUCUUGCUGACGCAGUUGUUGGUUGUCAUGCUUCAUUAGCUACGAAAGCUAACUAUGAACAAGUCAAUGUACCUAUAGCCAUGGCUUGCGCACAAGAAGAUGAACAUUUUUCAGAUGCUUUUCGAUCAGAAGUAGAACAGAUUUUUGCACGUAAACCACAGAUACCGUCCAAGUUUAUAGUAACUGAAGGAACUGCCCAUGGUUUCGCUUCUCGACCUAAUCCAGACAAUCCUGUCGUAAUGAAAGCAUAUACACAGGCUAAUGAUUUAAUUGCUGAAUGGGCCAAAACCCAUCUUUGA